GCCAGAGCACUGCGUGUUCCUCUCACAUAAAUCAUGUGCAUGAGCAGAGGACACAUAUCAAUGACUUGGCCUGCAGACUGUGCUGGGUACAGUUGAGCGUCUAUGAUAUGCUCUGUAAAUGGUGGACAAAAGAACAACUCUGCGAAAGUAUCUGAUGUUGUUGAUGGUACAGGUGACGUAAGACGACUAGUAAAGGCUAGUUUUAUACACUUGGUACUUUUUGAAUGGCCUACUACUUGAUUUUUGAAACCUUACAGUAUACAUGCCUUCUGUGUACUACAGCAGACAUACACAGAAGAACAGUUUAGUGGUAUCUGAAGGAUUACACUACUUUUGUUGGAGCUCUGCACCCUAGCAAAUGGAUUUGAAGUUUUGAAAUAAAUAUGAAAUGAAAGGGAUGGGGCGUUUAAUAGCCAUGGUCGAUGUGUAUAAUUCCUCCUACACUGAUAUUUACACACAAACCUCUCUCUCCCUGAUGCCUUAUCUCGGAUUACAUACCUUAUUUCCCUGAUAGAAAAAAGGGGACUAAAUCAGCAAGGUGUUCUGACCGACUUUAGUUUUUACUACUCAUAAUACAAAACGUAUUUUGAUUUAAGCUAUUGGCUCGUCCUAAGUAUUUCCGUUUGCACCGGGUUGUGGGGUGCCUUUAGCAAACCUACAUUGAAAGUCACUGCCAGAGUACACACCUUGGCUGCCACAUAAACUCUGUCGUAGUCUGGUCCACACCCUGUCCUUGCUGCAUAAAGCCUGUUUUGUGAGAUGUUGAGGGCGGGAGUAUUCACGACAGCAAGUACUGAAUAUACGUCCUAAAUGGGAAACUGCAUUCAAUGCCAGGACGGAAAGGAUAUGCACCGUUAUUUUCUGAUAUCGACUGACGAAAAAAACAUUUAGAAGUGAAAAUCAAUGGGAUUAAUCUGAAUUGGAUUCUAAUUCAAGUUUGUUCCUCGGUUCAGUGAAAUUCAGGUCUACUGGAGGAAAAGGACCUCUGCAUGUCCCUGUGCCACAACCUGAUCCUCUUUCCUCUCCUCCCACUCAGAAGUCUCACAGCACAGCCUGCCGUGAGGGAUGAAUGACGUAAGUGACGGGGGGGGGGGAACUGGGGAAAGGCUUCCAGAAUCUGAGAGUUGAAAGUUCUGUUUGUUUUGAAGUUUGAGUCAUCGUAUUUAUUGGAAAUUGUGUGUAAUGGUGUCGAAGGAAGAGAGUAUAUCUGACAUGAACAUGUAGUUUCAGAGGGCUUCUGUGUUGACAUACGUUGGUGUAUUUGUAUAUUCCUGUGUUCAAGUUCCUCGUGAGCUGUGUGUCGCUGUUUUGUUUAGAUUAACGAAGACUCUUUUUUCAGGUAAAUGAAUCAAGCUUUCAAAAAGUUGACAGGUAGUUUCAACAAGUAAACAUCAGUAAAUUAUUCUCAGGUCUUGACUGAGAGUGUGACGUUUAGAGUUUCCUUAACACAUUAGAUCUUUGACUCUGUAUACAGCGGACGUCUGUCAAGGUUACAUGGAAAUAGUCAGCCCAGUAAAGUCCAAACUCUUUGAUGGAAAAUUCCAAUAACUGUAACGCUUUUAUAGUUUUUCUUUCUUUCAUUUACUCAGUUACUCCCUCUCACUGCCCACACAGACAUGAAGUCAUUGGCUUGAGCAAUGCUGCAGUUAGUAUUUACAGAUGACUGGCUUAGACUGCAAAAGGUCGGCAAAUGGCUGUCUGGCAGCCCUCCUCUGCCAUCCAUGCCCGCAGGCAUAAAUGUGCAUGCUUUUAAUCCCAGAUGGCGGACGAAUCUUCUAGCAGGGUCGCUCAGUCGCAGCCACCCUUCUAAGGCGAUAUCGUGUCGGCAUGACGGAGACAGAGAGCCCUCCCUCCGCCAACGCUGCCCCGACUAGUCAGCCGUCAGGAGAUAGCACAGACGCCCAGCGGGAGGCAGAUGCCUCCUUCCCCUUGUCCUCUCUAGAUGAGCUGUUUGAGAGCGAGGAGGGGAGCUCGCCACCCAUGCAGGACUCCUCCGCCAAGCCCGGGCAGCAGGGCGACAGCAAGCAGAACCUGCGGAACAAGUUCCAGGGGGCCUUCAAGAAGGGCAUCUCCAACCCCAUGGACCUCCUGGAGUCCACCAUCUAUGACUCCCAAGUGGCCCCUGGGUCUAAGAAAGCGCCCAUGGACUCACUCUUCGACUAUGGGACGUGCCGGGAAACAAACAACCAGAAACGCAGACGGAAGAAGCUGCCACGGGGGAAGGCCGAGAUGUCUUGCGACGAGGAUCCCACAGCCGACCAGCCGAAGGUGGUAAAGAUCUUCAACCGGUCGCUUCUAUUCGAUGCAGUGUCGCGAGCUGAGCCCGAGGCUCUGGACGGCCUCCUCGAGUACCUGCAGAGUCGUGACAAGAGGCUGACCGAUGAGGAUUUUAGAGAACCUUCGACGGGAAAGACGUGCCUUCCCAAAGCCCUGUUGAAUCUAUACAGCGGUCGAAAUGACACCAUUCCUCUGCUGGUUGAUAUAGCGGAGCAGACGGGGAAUCUGCGCGAGUUCAUUAACACACCGUUCAGAGAUGUUUACUACCGAGGCCAGACAGCGUUGCACAUUGCCAUCGAGAGGCGCUGUAAGAAGUAUGUGGAGCUUCUGGUGGAGAAGGGGGUAGACAUGCAUGCCCAGGCCAGGGGACGCUUCUUCCAGCCCAAAGAUGAGGGGGGAUAUUUCUACUUCGGUGAGCUACCCUUGUCUCUGGCCGCCUGCACCAACCAGCCGGACAUGGUGCACUACCUGACUGAGAACCCGCAGAAGAAGGCCGACCUGCGGCGGCAGGACUCCCGGGGAAACACGGUGCUCCAUGCCCUGGUGCACAUCGCCGACAACACGCGCGACAACACGCGCUUCGUCACCAAGAUGUAUGACGUGCUGCUCAUCAAGAGCGUCAAGCUCUACCCCGACAGCAACCUGGAGAUGAUCCCCAACAACGACGGCAUGUCCCCGCUCAUGAUGGCCGCCAAGCUAGGCAAGAUCGGGGUGUUCCAACACAUCAUCCGCAGGGAGAUCAAAGACGAGGAGGCACGGCACCUCUCCCGGAAGUUCAAGGACUGGGCCUAUGGGCCGGUUUACUCCUCCCUCUAUGACCUCUCCUCUCUGGACACAUGCGGUGAGGAGGUCUCUGUACUGGAGAUCCUGGUCUACAACAGCCGCAUAGAGCAGAACCGUCAUGAGAUGUUGGCCGUGGAGCCCAUCAACGAGCUGCUCAGGGCCAAGUGGCAGAAGUUUGGUGCCGUCACCUUCUACAUUAAUGUCAUCUCCUACCUCUUCACCAUGAUUGUCUUCACUCUGGUGGCCUAUUACCGCCCACUAGAGGGACAGCCUCCAUACCCUUAUGUCACCAGCGCAGACCAUCUGCGACUGGCAGGAGAGAUCAUUACAGUGGGCUCCGGAGUGUUCUUCUUCCUCAGCAAUAUUAAGGACCUCUUUCUGAAGAAGUGCCCGGGGGUUAACUCGUUAUUUAUUGAUGGAUCCUUUCAGCUACUCUACUUCAUCUAUUCCGUGCUGGUGCUGGUGGCUGCCGCGCUCUACCUGUCUGGGGUCGAGUCCUAUGUGACGGUCAUGGUGUUCGCUCUGGUGCUGGGCUGGACGAACAUGCUCUACUUCACGCGAGGUCUCAAACUCACCGGCACCUACAGCAUCAUGAUCCAGAAGAUCCUCUUCAAAGACCUGUUCAGAUUCCUGCUGGUGUACGUGCUCUUCAUGGUUGGAUACGCCUCAGCCCUGGUGUCACUCCUGACCGCGUGUCCCCCUCCUGGGUCCGACUGUCCUGGGGAUGAAGGCUGCCCCACAUACCCGAAAUGCCGCGACACAGACACCUUCAGCAACUUCCUGCUGGACCUGUUCAAGCUGACCAUUGGCAUCGGUGAGAUGGAGAUGAUCCAGAGUGCCAAGUACCCCGUGGCCUUCCUCAUCCUGCUGGUCACCUACAUCAUCCUCACCUUCGUCCUUCUACUCAACAUGUUGAUCGCUCUCAUGGGGGAGACGGUGGGACAGGUGUCCAAGGAGAGCAAGAAGAUCUGGAAGCUGCAAUGGGCUACAACCAUCCUGGAUAUCGAACGCUCCUUCCCUGUGUGCUUACGCAAGUCUUUCCGAGUGGGGGAGAUGGUGACUGUUGGCAAGAACUGGGAUGGAACCCCCGACAAGCGCUGGUGUUUCAGGGUGGAUGAGGUCAGGUGGUCACACUGGAAUCAGAACUUGGGAAUCAUAAACGAGGACCCAGGCCAGAAGGAGCUCAACCAGGACUACGGUAUUCAGCAGACUGUUCGAGGACUGAGGAGAGAUCGCUGGUCCACCGUGGUGCCCAGGGUGGUGGAGCUGAACAAGGCUCCUCGGUCACCUCGGGACCUGGUGCUGGAGAUGGAGCCCCUCUCCCGCCACCGCUUAGAGAGCUAGGGCCACACAGGGGCCUGACUGGGGCCUCUGGAGACUUCUGGACAUCUGCUGCUAACACCCACUCCAGCCCAGCCCAGCCAAGCUCAGCGCGGUCAGUUACACCUGCAAGCAGCUUGGGGCUGUCACCUCAACAGUGCUGCUGGCGACUAUCGAGUACUUGUCAUGUUCUUUAGAGGGAGCUGGAAUCGAAUUGGAAUCGAAAUUAAAACAGUAGGCCUAUGUUGGGGGAAAUGUCAUUUUAGUUAUACACAGGAAAAGAUGUUAAAGUCCUUGUGCUAUUGGUUGGGGACUUCCUACAAUGGCCAAACCUCUCAUUAUCCCAUGCAAGUACACAUACCCAACAACCUAACCUAAGUAUUAUAACACAACAGGGUACACUACAAUCAUCAUAUCGAUACUUCAAAGAUACAUAUCGAUACAGCAAAGACGCCUUCGUGAGCAUUUCACAGGGAUUAUCAAGUGGGCACCUUCCUUCGUCUGUAUUUUGUUGAACACCUCCAGAAAGGCUCAACAGUGGUCUCUGGUGUCACAGACUCACCCCCCUCCAUACUCACGAUGGGUUAGGACACAUGUCAAUAACACCUCAAGAUACACCCAUGUAUUACUUAGAGACAACAACCAUGACCGAAUGCCAGUCGAACCGGGUUCUUCAGCUAUACUUAGGUCCAUUUUCUGGUGGCUCUAAGUAUGCCAUCUUCAACUAUACUUAUGGCCCGUAAAUUAAGCUCACUCUAAGUAUGGCCCCUUCACUUAUACCCAUGCCCCCAUUGAUGCAGGCUGUUAGUAUGGUAAAAUCCAGAAACAUUAUUGAACCUGACAUAUAUGUUUAUUUUCUUGAAUGCUGCUUUUGUAAAUCAUAAACCUUUAUAACUGACAGCUCAGUUUGAAUGAAUGCAGUGAUAUGCAGUGGAAAAGAAUUGACUGCACCAGGCAAAAGGGGGUGUCUGAAAGGUAUGCACCAAUUACCCUCCAUUUACUGAUUUUGCUGUCAGCAGCAACAUAACUGAAAGAGCGCUUCAGAUUGGAGAAAUCUACAGUCACGUUUGCAAUGAUGUUUACUACUCCUACUCCUUCAAACCAUUGAGUGCCCUUGACAAUGUUUCUCUAAACAUCAUGUGCAGGUAUGCGAUGCUACCGAGAGAAAAGUUUAAUUUCCCUUUAUGGCGUUGUUCAUAGCACCAUGAUAUGACUAAGACAGUCAUGGUUUUAUAAGAACGAAAAAAUAAAGCAACCGCCAGCAGGUCCUUGCGGAAUGAAGCAUGGUGGCUUGGGGAACCACACGAUGCUACAUCAACAGCAGUGGCAACUGCAGACUCGGUAGUUAGCCUACCACAUCCUGCAACGAUAUAACACUGUCUCAAGAUAGCCCGAGCAGCGGAGGUAGCGCCCCAGAGAUAAAGGUGCUGGAACCUGUCAGGCUUUGCAAAACACUUCCUCACUUUCACCCAUGGCAGAAAGUUCGCGUGAGACGUUGAAGCUCAGAAGAGCGUUGUGGUCUCAGGUCUGUACAGAUCAUCGCUCCGAACCGCUCUUCGUUUUGCCAUACUGUCCUCUGUGUGAACUCAGGGAUUUCUUUAAGACAUCAAACAAAAGCGUUCCUUUAAAUCCAAAAUCAACUGUCAUGAGAAUGCUGAAUCUGUAUUAGAGUAUACAUUUAAUUAUUUCUAUUUAUCUCACUGCCAAAUUAACAUUUCUGAAGGCUGAGGACAAUUGUAUAUUUAAUAAAAUCCCUCCACAUGAAGCCAUACAAUGUAUGUAUGAAUGUUAAUGUAAAUGUAGGCCUUAGGAGUCAAUUAAAUAUAUAUGACAUAUUAAGGUGUUUUUGGAUAUACUAUGAGUUGAACAGCAUUGUGUGCAUCUGCAGAGAACAGCAUACUGUCAGGUUAUCAUAUUUAAAACUCUUAUUUAAUUACUUCACGUUCGUUUUGAUCUCCAUGACACUGGCUGACUUCUUGCUGUCCCAUCUUUAGGUAGCCUCACCAUUAGGCUCUCCGAAUAGUCAUGCCUUGUUGAGAUAUCAAAACAAAAUAUUAGAAUUAUUUUAAAUAUUUACUUUUCAUUUCUCUUUAUUUUAAAAGGACAUAGUUUGGUCUCAGAAAUGUUUUUAAACCAAGAUGUAUAUAAAUGAUAUAUUGUUUUAUCAAUUAUGUUCAGUAUUAAAGGGGAGACUUCGUGCUGAUUAUGGCCAGUGCUACUGUAACGUAUCAAGAGAAUGCCUUUCUGUAAUGCCAAAAGAUCUAUUCGAGAGUUUUGGUGCGUAAGCAAUAGAUUCCAUUUGGUAUCCACAUCCAACAAGGUUUUUUAUGCUUUCCAGAACCUCUCUUCUCUGGACUGGAUGGACUUUUCAAGAUUUUUCAAAUCUGUUUUAUAAUUUUAUUUUGUAUUUUCUUAAUAAAUUCUAAACAGACUGUUGUCCAGCUGCA